GAUGGUCAAGACCGGCUGCAUAGCGGCAGAGGAGGGGGGCGCUCAGAGCUGGAUCCCAACCCCAGGCUGGUGGGGGAUAGAAACCCCCCUCCCCCACUUCAGGCUGAGAGGUAGAACUCAGACCAGAGGCUAGAGGAGAACAUAUGAGGCCUGGGACCUCAGGAAGGUGCCAUGUGGCAAGUGUGAGAAAAGUUGGCACCAGACUUAAGCAGGACAGAGACCAGCCCACCCAGAGAUGCCCUCACCCCAUGCUGCCAAUUGGGGAGCAUCUAGGAGGCAGUCAGCCCUGUGACCUGGGAGGCUCUUAGCCCCUAGGUCUCCUCCCCUCCCCUGCCUUUCCCUAGGCUUUGACCCUUCCUAGCCCCUCCCCUCCCCUCCUGGACACCUUUGCCCGGGGCGGUGACUGUGACGGUGCAGACCUGGCCAGGGGCUGGGGCUGGAUCCCAGCGGCCGCCAUGUUCUCCCUGCUCUCCCUCCCCUCCUGGCUCCCCAGUCUCCCCUCCCUCGAGUGGGUCUCUGGCCUCCCCGAUGUCCUCCUGCAAGGCCUCGUAGGGGCCUGUGGAGUCUCGGUCCUGAACAACCUCCUGAAGGUCUACUUCUUCGUGGUCUGUGCCAACAACCCGGAGCGGCAGCUCGAAAAGGAGCGACUGCGGGCCAGGUGGGCCUCGCUGGAGACCGUGCACCUGGCAGGGCUGGCUCUGAUCCUGACCGUCGUGGGGGUCCGGGUGGCUGCUUUUGUGGUGCUCGAGUUCUCCCUCCGGUCUGUCUCCACACUGCUUUCCCUGGACAAGGGCUCCCGGGGCUCCGAGAAGCUGCAGCUGUACCUCGUGUGCCAGUACUCACUGGGCUGUGGGCUGACCUGUGGCCUGAGCUUCCUGCAGGAGGGCGCCCCUCACCGCACGCUGAACCUGCUGCUGGGCGUCGGGCUGGCCGCGCUGCUCAGCACUGGCGCCCGGCGCCUCCGCCAGCACGUCUGCCAGCUAUACGAGCUGCACAGCGGCCAGCGGUACUGCGGGGUCUGCCUGGGCCUGCUGGCCGGCGCUCACAGCCUCCCCCGGCUGCUGGGCCGCGCCCUGGCCAUGACCUUUGCCGUGGGCAAUCUGGCGGCUGUGGCCCUCAUCAACCGGGACUUCCUGACCACCUCAGAGGCCGUGCGCUUCUGGAUGCCGCUCACCAUCUGCUACACACUGCUGGUCAUCUACAUGCAGGAGCACCCAGCCCAGUGGCAGGGCCCAUGCGGUGGGGCUGCUCAGAGAAGAGUACAGUGCAAAGGGGCGCCCUGGAGGACAGUGCUUGAAUUGGGCCUUGAAGGAUAAACAGGAGCCCCUGAGAGAGGUGAGAAGGGAAAGGAGAUCCUGGCAGAGGGAACCGUUUAUGCCAAAUCCCAGAGGUAAGACAAGUCAGGGCAGCAUCAAACAGCUGAAACAGUGGGAGUGUCGUUGUCACCCGAGGCCCCGGGAGGAGAUGAGGCUGGCAGGGCUCACAGGGGCCUGAUGGAGAGCUGUCAUCAGCCAAGAGAGGCAGUCUGAUGAGAAAGCGUUGCAGGGUUUUAAGCAGGGAAGAGUGACCUGGGCAGAUCUGAGCUGUAGGAGGAGCCACCUGGCUGCAGGGUAAGGAUGGGAUGGAAGAGUCAGGACAAGGAAGGGCAAUCAGGCUGAGAGCGAGAGCAGCAGGUACAAAGGCCCUGAGGCGGGAAUAAGCCUAGCAUGCUUGAUGAACAACAAGAAAACCAGGAUGGCUGAGGGUAAUGAGCAAGGGGGACCAAGUUCAAGAUGAGAUGAGGCUGAAGUCAGAUGGAGCAGGACCUCCAAAGGUAAGGAGUUUGGAGUCAAGUCCCACUCUAAAUGCAGUGGGAAGUCCUGGGAGGAUUAUAAGCAGAGGAAUGAUUUCAUCUCAUUAGUGUGUUUAGAAGGCCACAGCUGCUGAGUACACACUGAGUUGUAGAGUCAGGACCAGGAGCCGGGAGCCCAGCGAGGAGGCUGCUGCAAGAGAAGCAAGUGGCUGGACCCGCAUCUGUUGGCAGAAAGAGGCCGCAGGGCUUACUGUUGGAUCAGACCUGGGGGUGCAGGGAAGAGAGGCGUCAGGGUGACUCCUGCAACGGGAGGCUGGCUGCUCUGUUCUGACGGCAGGAGGAGGCGGGUGGGCAGUGAGGCCUGGGAGGAGGAAAUGCCUGGUGCCCUGGGGUUGCUUAGAGCUGGAGUAGAGCUAGAAGGAAGAGGGGGCACUGCCUGGGGAGGGGAAGGUUCCCACUGAGGAAAGUGGGUCAGGGAGCUGGGAGGUCCAGGCCCCGACACAGUUGGACCUCAGGGUGGGGCCCCAGGUCCCGGGCAGGCAGACGGUGACGGGCACCUGUCUCCCCAGAGGAGCAGCGGCAGCACCCCGGCCUGCAGAGCCAGGUCCACACGGUGCUGGUGCGCAUGGGCGGCCUC